UUGACACUUCAGAUGUUUUCACAUGACGAGCACAUCAACAAAUCCAGGAAAACCAGUUAAAACCAGUAACAUGCAACUUCCCCGACAGUAAGACCUUGUAGUCCUGAACGCACGGACGGACAGCUCUCAGGUCAGUCAUGGCUCCAGCCGCAGACAAAAAGCUGACAGGACUUGUUGCAGCUACAUUCACUCCAUUCACCGCUCAAGAUGAAAUCAACCUUUCAGAGAUUGGACCUUAUAUUGACUACUUGAAAGAGAAGCAAGGUGUAAAUAGCUUGUUUGUGAAUGGCACCACCGGAGAGAGCAUGUCUCUCAGUGUUGCAGAGAGGAAGAUCCUGGCUGAGGAGUGGUGUCUCAAAGCCAAGGGAAAAAUAGAUCAGGUGAUUGUGCAUGUCGGCUGCAUGAGUCUGAAAGAUUCCCAAGAACUGGCUCGUCAUGCUGCACAGAUCGGGGCUGAUGGGAUUGCAGUCAUUUCCCCCUCUUUCUACAAACCCAGCACUGCAGACGCACUGAGGACGUUUCUCCAUGAAGUGGCUUCAGUUGCUCCAACCAUGCCUUUCUAUUAUUAUCAUAUUCCAGCUGUCACCGGUGUUGAUGUGCUGGGGAGGGAUGUGUUGGAAGGUAUCGAGGAAGUCAUUCCCUCCUUCAGUGGAGUCAAGUUCUCUGGAAGUGACCUGAUGGACUUUGGCCAGUGUGUCAGCUACAGUCAGCCCCACUGGUCAUGCCUCUACGGUUUGGACGAGCAACUGCUUGCAGCUCUGGCUAUGGGAGCCCACGGAGCCGUUGGCAGCACGUAUAACUACAUGGGAUGUCAUAUCAAUAAGCUCAUAGCUGCAUUUGAGAAAGGCGACCUUGUCCAAGCCAGAACAAUACAGUUCAAGAUGCAAGAGCUUUUCACAUAUGCAAAGAAACUUGGUUUCGAUCUGGGAGUGAACAAGCAGAUGAUGAACGAGCUGUCAGGCCUGAGUCUGGGGCCUCCUCGACUCCCCGUGAUGCCCUGUCCUCGUAGCCAAGCCCAGGCCAUUGUGCAGAAAUAUCACAGUCAUUUCCCCCGAUACUGAUUUGUUGAUUUACCCCGCAUUCACACUUUGCUACAAACCUUUCUGUUGCAUCAGUUUGGAAUAAACCACUUCUCUCAGCUAAAUGUACCUUAGAGGCAAUGUGCAAAUAAUUCCAGGAGCACAGUGAGAAGAAAAAAAACAAUUCAGGGUUGGGUGUUUUUUUUAAUCAAUCUAAAAUUAUCUAUGAAUUAUACAACAGUUAACAGCUUCCAAAUAUCAUGAAACAUAUAUAUAUAUAUGUAUAUAUAUAAUACACUUUACUACUGCGAUAAAAACAUUCAUGUGACUUAUGUACUCAUUUGAAUAUACUCCUGUAUUUUAUGGGCAUUCUCUGCUGACGACUUUUUGCAAGAGUUGUUUUUCCUUUAAUUGGGAAUCACAGCAUUUAUUAUUGAUCAUGAUUGAUCACAUGAUAUUUAAAGAAUAAUUUCCAUUACCUGGAGAAAUUCAGGGAACCCAGGACUCUCACAAAUGAGCAGAAUUAUUAUCUAGUACUGUGUAAUAUCGCUGAAUCUCACUUUGGGAAUUUAAGCACACAAAGCCUCCUUUUGUUGAAAACUAUUUUUUUACCGUUGAAAUUCACAGUUUUGGGAAAACCCAGACCGUGAGUUGAACUCAUCAGAGGAAGGCUGAUGGAGACAGAAGGAGCAUUAAAACACAAUAAACCUUGUUUCAUAUAUAAACUGCCUGACACUCCAAACAGGGGCUAAACAAAUAUAAGGAUAUAAGGAGCGUCAAAUGCUGAUAAAUGAGAUUCAGCCCUUGUUUGUUUGUUGUUAUUAAAUGUAUACUCUCUAAAGGGAAAUAUGUAACAUGUAGAUUCUUUGCUUUGUAUUAGGACACAUAAUAAAAAAAAGACCAAAAAAAAAAGACUAGUGAA